AUGACAGGAGUAUUUGACAGAAGGGUCCCCAACAUCAGAUCCGGUGACUUCCAGGCUCCUUUUCAGACGUCCGCAGCCAUGCACCACCCGUCCCAGGAAUCUCCCACUUUACCCGAGUCCUCGGCUACGGAUUCCGACUACUACAGCCCGGCGGGGGGAGCCCCGCACGGCUACUGCUCGUCUACCUCGGCUUCCUACGGCAAAGCGCUCAACCCUUACCAGUACCAGUACCACGGCAUGAAUGGAUCUGCUGGGAACUAUCCUCCCAAAGCCUAUGCAGACUACAGCUACGCCAGCCCUUACCACCAGUACAGUGGGGCUUACAACCGCGUACAGAGCUCCUCCAGCCAGCCAGAGAAAGAGGUGGCGGAGCCCGAGGUGAGGAUGGUGAACGGCAAACCAAAGAAAGUGCGCAAACCCCGCACUAUUUAUUCCAGCUUCCAGCUGGCCGCCUUGCAGAGGAGGUUCCAGAAGACCCAGUACCUCGCCCUGCCCGAGCGGGCCGAGCUGGCCGCUUCCCUGGGGCUCACGCAAACACAGGUGAAAAUUUGGUUUCAGAAUAAAAGAUCCAAGAUCAAGAAGAUCAUGAAGAAUGGGGAGAUGCCCCCGGAGCACAGCCCCAGCUCCAGCGACCCCAUGGCCUGCAACUCUCCACAGUCGCCUGCGGUUUGGGAACCUCAGGGCUCAUCCCGCUCCCUCAGUCACCAUGCCCACGCACACGCUCACCCUCCAAACUCCAACCCAUCCCCUGCAUCCAGCUACCUGGAGAGCUCCGCUUCCUGGUACCCUGCUGCCAACUCCAUCAACUCCCACCUCCAACCCCACGGCUCCCUACAGCACCCGUUAGCGCUGGCCUCUGGGACAAUUUAUUAG